AUGCAUUAUUUUGCCUUUUCUGCUGGUAUGAAGGGAUUGAAGUAUUGCGGGAAACGUGGUACGGCAGUUAUACUAGGAGCUGGUGCUUUAUUUUGGUUGUUUCGUAAUGGACAGAAAUGUCUUCGAUUGCGGCAAAAUGCCGCCAAAAAAAGAGAAGCAGAGCAGGAAUAUAUUCAACAGAAAUUGAAUUCACUUGGAGGGGAACUUGAUGAAGAUAUGGUCAGACAAAUUUUGGACUUGAAAGGACCUGAGUUGUUAAAGCGACUAAAGCAAGGUAGUUUAAAUCCUGUGAAUGUUCUGAAAGCUUAUAUUUAUGAAGCCUGCAAAGUGACCGGCCAAAUUAACUGUGUAAACGAAAUAAUCAAGGAUUGUGAAGAUUUUGCAAUUAGUUUAAGUGAAAAGGAACCAAACAGUUUUCCACUUUAUGGAAUUCCUGUCAGUCUGAAAGAAUGUAUGAAAACCAAAGGAACUCCAAGUACUGCAGGGAUGGCAAUGUAUCUUGAUGACUUUCCAGCAAGGGACUGUGUUCUUGCUGAGGUCCUGAAGCAACUCGGUGCAGUGCCAUUUGUUAAAAGUAAUUCUGUACAGAUCAUGCUUAGUAUUGAGUCCAGCAAUCCAAUUUAUGGUGAGACAUCAAACCCUUUGAAUCAUGAUUUCUCACCGGCGGGUUCUUCAAGUGGAGAAGGUGCCAUUGUAUCUGCGGGAGGUUCUGUGCUUGGAUUUGGCACUGACAUAGCAGGAAGCAUUCGGGUCCCAGCACAUUUUUGUGGAAUUUGUGGAUUGAAACCAACAAAGCAUAGAUUAAGCUCUGCUGGCUUGACAGGUUCUAUACCUGGUCAGAAUGCUGUAUCUGCAACUCUGGGCCCUAUGGCUAGGGAUGUCGACACCAUUGUCAUGGCAAUGCGAGCUCUGCUUUGUGACACCAUGUUUGAAUUGGACAAAAAUGUUCCUCCAAUGAAGUUUGAUGAAGAGGUUUUCAAUUCAAGCGAACCACUACGAAUAGGUUAUUACUGUGAUGAUGGAUAUAUGAAACCAGUUCCAGCUUGUCAACGAGCUGUUAAAAUUACUAAGGAGGCUUUGGAACGAGCAGGUCAUGUACUAGUGCCAUAUAAAAUUCCUGAUAUGGAACUCUUGAUGGAAAUGACGACAAGAGCUUUUUACAUGGAUGGAGGUCGCAUCAACCUGGAACGUUUAAAGUAUGAUAUUGUCGAUAAACGUUUACUUCCUUCAUGGAGGAGAUGGAAAAUGUCACCUGUUCUUAGAAAAUUAUAUUCAGUGUUUCUCACUUUGACCCAAUCUGCUCGAAUGGGAAAAGAUUUGAUGGCAUAUGGAGGUGGAGACAAGUCGGCAUAUGAGCUCUGGAAAUUAACAGCAUGGAUGGACGGAUACAAGAUGAAAUUCUGGUUAGAGUGGAAGGAAAAAUAUAAAAUCGAUGCAUUGAUUUGUCCAGUACAUCCAUUUGUUGCAUGUCCAAAAGGAAUGGUGUCAAAUAUGACUGCUUAUAUGAGUUAUGCAACACCAUUUACUGUUUCCAAUUGUCCUGCUGGCACUGUACCUGUGACAAGAGUCACACAGCAAGAUAUAGAGGCACUGAAAAGUCAGCGAGGUCAUUAUGGGGAUCAAUGGGAUCAUCACCUAAAAAAAGCAUGUAUGGGAAGUAUUGACAUGCCCGUUGGUGUACAAUGCGUUACUCCUCCGUGGCACGAAGAAGUUUGCCUCAGGCUGAUGAAGGAAGUGGAAACACUUCUACCAAUGUAG